AUGGCCGACGAACUCCCCCUCAUCGCUGAUCAAUCGCUCGUGCAUGACCCUCCGGACUCCUCGAGAACUGGGGCAAAACUGAAGCUACUGCAAGCUGCUCAGCUAAGCUUCGUCCAGGCCGAAUCACCGUACGGGAAGGUCCGUGAUGAUGAUGAUGACGUCUCUGUCCCUCUGCUCUCCAUGCUCUCCUCCUCGUUGACGAUGCUGCUUCACGAGGAGUGCCAAAUUUAG